CUCACUCCUAAAACUGCCGAUUCAAGAGAAGUUUGAUAUAAUUGAUACCAUCUUCCUCGAGAAUCAUAUCAAAAGACAAAUUCAUUCUCAUACAUAUCAGCUUACAUCCAAAACAAUCAAAUCAUUUUACGAAUUACUAGAAAACUCGCAAUCAUGCCUCGUCAAUUCUUCGUUGGAGGUAACUUCAAGAUGUGAGAGCUUUUGUUUACUUUCCUCUUUCCCCGCCAAGUAGAAAAGAUUUCAGCUAAUUUUUACUCUCGUUAGGAAUGGAUCUGUUGAAUCCAUCAAGAAGAUUGUUGGAUACUUGAACGAUGCAAAGUUGGACCCAAAUACCGGUAUGUAUCGACUCUUCGUUGAUGUUCUCUGUUGAGGAUGUAUGAAGGAUUUCCUGACCUACAUAUUCCUCUCCAAGCCCAUAGACUCCAGAUCAGAAUUAUGCUAACAUUUCUUCCAAAUAGAGGUUGUCAUUGCUCCACCUGCUCUUUACCUUCUCCUUACCCGCGAGCACUUGAGACCCGGACUUGAGGUCGCAGCCCAAAACGUUUUUGAUAAGCCAAAUGGAGCUUUCACUGGUGAAAUCUCCGUUGAGCAGCUCAAGGAUAGCAACAUUACCUGGACACUUCUCGGACACUCUGAGCGUCGUGUCGUUCUCCAAGAAGAUGAUUCAUUUGUAGCGUCCAAGACCAAGGCUGCCCUCGAUGGAGGUAUCGGUGUUAUUUUCUGCUGCGGAGAGUCCCUUGAGCAGAGAGAGUCUGGCAAGACAAUUGAGGUUGUUACUGCACAAUUGAAGGCCGUCAAGGAUAAGAUUCAAGACUGGUCAAAGAUCGUCAUUGCAUAUGAGCCAAUCUGGGCUAUCGGUACCGGAAAGGUCGCUUCCACGGAACAAGCACAGGAGGUACACGCCGCUAUUCGCUCCUGGUUGAAGAAGGAGGUUAGCGAGAAGGCCGCAGAAGAGACAAGAAUCAUCUACGGUGGCAGUGUCAGUGAGAAGAACUGCAAGGAUUUGAGCAAGCAAGCAGAUAUUGAUGGUUUCUUGGUUGGAGGUGCUUCAUUGAAGCCAGCUUUCGUUGAUAUUAUCAACAGCCACUUGUAAGUGGUUUCAGGAUUUCAUGAAUUACGACUUUUAGUUGGGCAUUGGGCCCUACCAGACAGCAAAAAAAGUUCCGGGACUAUCAACUAUAUUGAAGCCAAAUUGGAAUGCCGUACUUGUUGCGCGUAAAAAUUCUAAUCUAUCGAUAGAUCUUUGAAUAGCCAUGACCAAUGUAACAGCAAAAUUUGAAGCAUGGUAUGGACCAAUAUACCAAGCUGACAUGUAAUUUCUAUACUUCCCCGGACAAC